GUCGAAGAUUCCGCGGUGGUUGUCGGCGCCGAGUUUUCCGGUAAGGUGAAGCGCAUCCAAGACUACGGUUGCUUUGUGGACUUCGGCGCCAAGAACGACGGCUUGGUGCACAUCUCCGAACUUCAAGAUGGCUUCGUCGAAAGCGUCGCGUCUGUCGUGUCUGAAGACCAAGAAGUCAAGGUUUGGAUCAAGGAAAUCAAGGAAAACAAGAUUUCUUUGACGAUGAAGAAGCCGCCGACGGAGGAAGAGCUCGCGGCUGCCAAGUCUGAGCAAGAAGCCAAGUUUGCGGCGCGACAAGAAUACAAAAAGGCUCAAGACGCCAAGGCACAAGCGGUGAAGGGCUUGAAGAAGGGCACGAAGGUUGAGGGCGAAGUCAUGUCCAUUCAACCAUUCGGUGCUUUCGUUCAAGUUGCCGAGGGUGUCGAAGGUUUGGUGCACGUCACCGAGCUCUCUGACGACUUCAACGUCAAGGUUGAAGACUUCUGCAAGGUUGGCGAAAAGGUCACCGUCACCAUCAUUGGCAUCGAUGGCGCCAAGGUCAAGCUUUCCAUGAAGGAAAAGCUCGAUGUACGUAUUCGUUCGAUUGCGUCACCACCGCUCGAAUCAUGUUUUUCUCGAGUCUUGUCUGAAAUGAACGCUGAAGCGUCCGCUGCUUUCGACGGUGCCGUAAGUGCGAUGGAGUUUGCGCUCAAGAGCAAGGGUAUCUCCGCGGACAUGUUUCCGGCCGGCUCUUCCGCCCCGGCUGCCGCUCCCGCUGCUGAGGCUCCGAAAGAGGUGAGUUCAUAAGCAACGUCGCGGCUUGAGUUAUCUCAUCCGCCGUUGUAAUAACCUAGUGCUAUUUAUUUUGGAACCCUUUUACUCACCUACUUUAAAUCUACAGGCUGCUCCGGCUCCCGCCGCUCCGGCUGCCGUCGCCGCCGCGGCUCCGGUUGAAGAAAAGAAGCCCGCCGCCGCCGCCGCUGGCGGCAUCUCCGCCGCCACGGUGAAGCAGCUUCGCGACUCCACCGGCUGCGGUAUGAUGGAUUGCAAGAAGGCGCUUCAAGAAAACAACGGUGACAUCGCCGAAGCCACGGCGUGGUUGCGCAAGAAGGGUAUGGCGUCUGCGGACAAGAAGGCGAGCCGCAUCGCCGCCGAGGGCGCCGUCGUCUCUUACAUCCACGCGGGCUCGCGCAUCGGCGUCUUGCUCGAGCUCAACUGCGAGACCGACUUUGUCGCUCGCGGUGACAGAUUCAAGGAGCUCGCGCAAGAUCUCGCCAUGCAAGUCGCUGCGUGCCCGGAAGUUGAGUACAUCAGCCCGUCCGACGCCGACCAAGAAAUGGUUGCGCGCGAACGCGACAUCGAGAUGCAGAAGGAGGACCUCUUGUCCAAGCCGGAGAACAUUCGCGAAAAGAUCGUCAACGGCCGCAUCGAAAAGUUGGUGAACGAGAAGGCGCUCAUCACCAAGGAUUUCAUCAAGAACACGGACGUGACCGUCGAAGAUCUCGUGAAGACUGCGACCGCGGAGAUUGGUGAGAAGAUCUCCAUCCGUCGCUUCGCGCGCUUCAACCUCGGUGAAGGCAUCGAGAAGCGUGUUGACGACUUCGCCGCUGAAGUUGCCGCGCAAACGCAAGUGAAGGCUGCCGCUCCGGCUGCGGAACCGAAAGAAGAAAAGAAAGAGGAGAAGAAGGAAGAAGACGCGCCGUCUGUCAAGGUUGACGCCAAGCUCGUGAAGCAGCUUCGCGACUCCACCGGCUGCGGUAUGAUGGAUUGCAAGAAGGCGCUCGCGCAGAACAACAACAGCGUCGAGGAAGCCACGGCGUGGUUGCGCAAGAAGGGUAUGGCGUCUGCGGACAAGAAGGCGAGCCGCAUCGCCGCCGAGGGCGCCGUCGUCUCUUACAUCCAUGCGGGCUCGCGCAUCGGCGUCUUGCUCGAGCUCAACUGCGAGACCGACUUUGUCGCUCGCGGUGACAGAUUCAAGGAGCUCGCGCAAGAUCUCGCCAUGCAAGUCGCUGCGUGCCCGGAAGUUGAGUACAUCAGCCCGUCCGACGCCGACCAAGAAAUGGUUGCGCGCGAACGCGACAUCGAGAUGCAGAAGGAGGACCUCUUGUCCAAGCCGGAGAACAUUCGCGAAAAGAUCGUCAACGGCCGCAUCGAAAAGUUGGUGAACGAGAAGGCGCUCAUCACCAAGGAUUUCAUCAAGAACACGGACGUGACCGUCGAAGAUCUCGUGAAGACUGCGACCGCGGAGAUUGGUGAGAAGAUCUCCAUCCGUCGCUUUGAACGCUUCAACCUCGGUGAAGGCAUCGAAAAGCGCAACGAAGACUUCGCCGCUGAAGUCGCGGCUCAAAUGGGCAAGUAAUUGGCAGCGUGCGCGCAUUAGGAAAGAGCUAUUCU